AUGAACACCAAGCAGAACAAGGACAUGAAGGCCGAGCAGAACUUGCAUAACAUGAACGCCAACCGAACCGAGGGACUUGAAGCCUCUCUUGCCGAGGCAAGCAACUCUCUCCGCGUCAGCGAACAGUGCACUCGAGAAGCCGUUGAACAGCUGGACCAUGAGAGAGCUCAAUUCCAACUGGCCCUGCAGGAACAACGAGAGAGCCGACUCGACCUUGAGCGGUCAGCAGAGGAUGUGCCAUCAUCACGGAACGAGAAUCGAAAGGAGCCGAAGAAGUACUCCUGGAACGUACUCGAGUCGAGGCCGAGCGAGGACAGUAAAAUUUUGAGCGUGCAGAAAACGAAGAAGUCUUGGCGCGUAUCACUGAAGAGCUGCCGAAUCAAGACGGCUCCUCGAGGAUGCUGA